AAAUUGGAAGACCUGGACAGCUUUUCCCUGAACUUCUGGCUUAAUAAGUUCGUCCAGGAGGUGGGUGAUCGUUAUGCGCCUCGUUCGUUGUAUGGAAUUGUUUGUGGGUUGAAGCGACAUUUGAAGGAUAAAAAUGAAGGGAAAGCUUUGAAUCCAUUGGACAGAAGUUAUAAGAGGUACUUUUCCAGGAGUUGUGCUUUAGUCCAGAGCGCUUUACAUGAUAUAAAAAGUUUGUGAAAGUUAUGCUUUACUUCUCUUUAAGUUUGCCAUUUUUCGAUGUUUGGACGCCGAAAUGUAGGAUGCUACGCGCCAAGGUGUUUAUCUUGAAACCAAGAGGCCGGAAAAGAAGGCAGUUACAAAUGAAGAUGAAGAAUUAUUUUGGGAAAAGGACUGUUAGAUUGUGGACCACGUCUCUUUUGAAUUCUGUUUAUUAUUUCAACGGAAAAAUUUUCGGAUUGAGAAGAAGUGAGAAUAGGAAUUUGAGUUUGAAGAAUUUUGAGUUAGGUCCAAACUUUAUUAAAUUUGAGGAAGAUUUUUGCAAAACAUUUCACGGAGGUUUGUGUGAUCUCAAAUAUGUUCCGAAGAGUGUUAAGCACAUUUGUCACGAUAUCGGGUAG